GGGUGAAGGCGUGGUGAGUGUGGCUCGAUACGAGGCGGGUGUGUGCGCUCCAGUUGUACCGGAGGAUGAACGCGGACAGCGGCUGCACGGCGGCUCUCCUCCCUGGUGAAAGCAGCCGGGGAGAAAGCUGAACGGGCAGGAUCGAUAUGCAGGGGAAGAAAUUGCCUUAUUCAUAGAUAAUAAUAAAAAGAACUAAAGCGGGAUAUAUCAGGAGUGCAAAGAUGACUGAGGGCAGACUGUGCCAAGUGCAGCUGCUGGAUGACAGGAAGCUGGAGCUGCUGGUUCAGCCCAAGCUGCUGUCGUAUGAACUCCUUGACUUGGUUUCCUCCCACUUCAACCUCAAAGAGAAGGAAUUCUUCGGUCUCGCAUUUUUCGACGACAAUGGUCAGCGUAAAUGGUUGCAGAUGGACCGCAGGGUUCUCGAACACGACUUUUCCAAGAAGUCCGGGACCGUUGCUCUGAACUUCCUGGUCAGGUUUUAUGUAGAAAACAUAACACAGCUGAAGGACAUCAUAACGGUGGAGUUAUUCUUCCUAAAUGCCAAAUCUGCUGUCUAUAAUGAGGUUAUAGAAGUGGAAAGCGAGAACGUCUUCAAAUUGGCUGCGAAUGCCUUACAGGAGGCAAAGGGAGACUACACAAGUGAUGAAAGCACCCGAGCUGAUCUGAAGAAACUACCGACUCUUCCCACCAAAGUACUAAAGGAGCACCCGUCUCUUGCUUACUGUGAGGAUCGAGUUAUUGAAUAUUACAAACAGCUGAAAGGAGUCUCCAGAGGACAGGCCAUUGUGCAGUAUUUGACGUUGGUGGAAUCAUUGCCCACGUAUGGCGUGCAUUAUUAUGAAGUCAAGGACAAGCAAGGGAUCCCGUGGUGGCUUGGGCUCAGCUAUAAGGGCAUCGGCCAGUAUGACCUGCAGGACAAAUUAAAACCCAGAAAGCUUUACCAGUGGAAGCAGCUGGAAAACUUGUACUUCCGUGAGAAGAAAUUUGCUGUAGAAGUGAAUGAUCCACACAGGCGAGCAGUAACCAAGCGCACAUUCGGACAGACGGGCCUACUCAUACACACGUGGUAUGCCAGCCAUUCUCUGAUCAAAACCAUUUGGGUCAUGGCGAUCAGCCAGCACCAGUUCUACUUGGACAGAAAGCAAAGCAAAGUUAAGAUAGGAACAUCGAGAAGUUUGGAGGAAAUAGCCAUGGAUCUCACAGAGCAUGGAGGAGCAAAACUAAACCGACUGGGAGAUGCAGGGCUGAAGAAUAACUUAAUAACAGCCAGCAAUGGGAGCCUGGUGUCUACAGGCUCUGCAGAAUCUGAAAUGAGUGAGGAGCAGAAGAAAGAGAAACUUUUCGAGCUGAGGAAAAAAGAGCAAGAGAUCCAAGAUAUCUUGGCAAAGAAAACAAAAGAGCUGAAGAAAAUUUGCCUGAGAGAGGCGGAGCUUAUUGGCAAGCUGCCAAAAGAGUAUCCCCUCUCAUCAGGUGAGAGACCGCCACAGGUCAGGCGACGAGUUGGCACCGCUUUCAAGCUGGACGAACUUUUCCCCUACAACGAGGAUCCCUUCCUGAGGAACCUGGAGAGCAGGUUUGCCCUGCAGCAAAAGAUUGUGGAGGCGGCCAAGAAGCUGGCGAAUGAGCCAGAGCUGUGCAAAACGGUGAAGAAGAAGAGGAGGAGAAACUGUCUGGAUGCCAUGCACAAACUCCAGCUGAUAGAGGAUGAGAUGAACCAGUACAGAAUCAAGAAGGGCAAAAAGCCAACUCAGCGGGCGUCAGUCAUUAUUGCAGAUGAGCUCAUCCGUUCAGACUGCAGCUCUCUGUCUAGUCUCCCACUGGAUGAUGAUGACUCAGACACUGCGAGUCAGAGGCCUCGGUCCCGGUCGGUCCAAGGUUCCCCUCAGCUCAGCCCGAUGCGGACGCUGGGGACAGAAUAUGACGUGGAGAGGCCGGGAUGUCCAAGGGAAAAUCACCAUAACAGGAACCACAGCAGACUAGCUUUUGAAAGCCAGGAGACUUCCCACUGCUACCAGAAUCCAAGAGAGAUUUCCUCCACCCACAGUAGUCCCUAUAAAACACUCCCCAGACCUCCUCGAGAUCCGCGCAGCAUGCCGCCCACCCCGGUUAUGACCCGCAAUGCCUACAGCAGCAGCCAGCUCAGGUCGGAGGGCUCCCCUCACUGCUUCAGGCAUCGCAGUGGAAGUCUGGAGUCUCAGCCCCACAUUAGAAAAGACACAGACCCAGAGAAGCCCAUCUUUAUCUUAUCUCCAGCCCAUCGCAGCAACAGCACAGAGGUGUUAGAGGACUGCUCCUCCUACACCAGCCAGUCCAGUCUGGACUACUGCGGGGCGGCCAACUCCCACUACAGUACUCUGGACUCCCGGAACUCCACCAUGCAUCGUCUACACAGGAAGGUGGAGGUCUAUGGAAAUACUGGGAGUAUGCCCAACUUGGUCCAACACCAUUCUGGUUGUAAUUUCUCAUGUGAGACCCCAGCACACUAUACACCCAGUGCCUACUACGUCUCCGGAUACCCCUGCCCGGACAUGGAGCCUUACGCUAACGGUGCCUACGUGUAUGAGAGUGAUGUAGAAGGCCACUACAACGUCAACCCUUCCUACCAGGUUAACGGGUACCACGGACAUGACAGAUUCAGGCAUUACAGCAGUGACCGGGCAGAUGGUCUUUCCCAGAAUCCCUACGCAACAGUGAGGCCGCCGCGAAACAGAGAGGGGCCCAGGAAUGAGCUGCUGGCCAAAAACAUGCAGAAGGCCCUGGUGGCAGAGCACUUGAAGGGCUGGUAUCACAGAAAUAAGAGCCCCAGGGAGGGAGGGAGGGGGAUGCUGGCUGGAUAUGACUUUGAUAACGGCUCUCAACUCAGCCUGGGCUAUCAGACCAUGCCGGCUGCUUUCAGCCACUCCAGCAGGACGACCUCCUUUUCUUCAGUGUCUUCAGUGGAAAGCUCAGGUAACUGGCGCAACCAGUUGGCAGUUGGUCUGACAGAAUACGAUUCACCCGACACACCUCAUUACCCACACCCUGGAGCUCCGUACAACCGCAGUCCUACACACAGAUUUCACCUGGAUGGAAGCUACAUGAGCAUUCGCUGAGGACCAAACCAAACUCUGGCAGAACUAAAGCCAUGGCCAGCAGCACAUGAAGGGGAUGGAGUUGAUACAUGGGCAGUACACAAACUUUUAUUCUGUUUGGGUUUUGGCAGUCUGUGUGUACACUGUCCUCAUGUUGAAGUAACCUCCGAAAACAGUGAUGACACUCAUGAAUGACUUUUUCCAUGUGCCUUGGAUUGGAUUAAUUGUACAGGGCAGAUGAGAAUGUUGUCAAGAAACUUGAAGGUGUUGCACAACCACACUGGAAUCAAACCGCUCUUGUGUUUUAAAGAUGGAAAAAGAGGCAACAUUUGUUUUUGAACAAAAUCCAACUCCAUGUAUUUGAACUGGAACUAGCUACUGCCUUAUAUAAAACAGUAGGUUAUUGAAUAAAAGUCAUUGUCACCACUUUCAUCUCAGUUAAGUAUGAUACAAUAUAAAGUCUUGAUGAAAACAGCGUUUGAACAUGUCCAAAAUGUGGCAUACAAAGAACAUUCAUUAGAGCAGACUGUGUGUAUGAUGAAUUUCCAUUUCUUCCUUUCUUUAAACUUUGAAUCAGAAUGUACUUUGUCAAUAUUGUUUAUUGAACCAUUUUUCUUUGUUGGUGCCGUAAUGUGUUUUUAAAAUGCAUGGUAAUGAUUUUAAUUUUUUGAUAAGAACUUCUUUUUUAUAUCAACAAAGGACCACUGCCGUAAGACGCAUAUUCAUAUCUUGCUGUUUGUUUUCUCACACAUUUGUACAGUCAGUGUGUAGUUCUAUGUUAGAUGUUGUCAUUAAAUAUUUUCCACUGGGAACAAGGAUGUGAAUAAAUACAUGUGUGAAGCA